GACCAAUCCGGGCCGGGCAGGAGCUCUUGGGCAGGAGCUCUCGCAGGCAGAAGGCAGCAAUGGGGAGGGCCCUGGCUUUGGGGGCGGCGGGGACGCCCCGGGAAUAGCCCACGCCGCCUCUCCCGCUGCAAACCAGGCCGGACUGGCCUCGGCUCCUGCCUCUGCCUGUGGCUUCCUUUGCCCGCGCUCCUGCUCUCCUGCCUUUCCUCCCACUCGGAAGAGUUGUUUCUCUCUGCCCCAGACUUGGGUCCAGUCCCUCUCUCUCUCAAAGGUGCUCUCUCUGCCUUCCUGGCCCGGAGUCUGCAAUCCGCCCACCACUCUGUGCCUUUCCUCCUUUGUGUUUCCUUGCACUUUCUUCUCUCCCUUUCCCCCCACUUACUUUUCUUUCUUUCCCCUUUUCCCCUUAUUACUUGAACCCCCGGAUGAUUUCAAACCAUUAUAACUUCCUUUGCUUCUGCCCUAGCUGUCUCUCUCAUAUGUUACCUUUUCCUCAAAGGUCCUAACUUCCUUGUGGCUUAGGCCUUGUCCUAAUCAUCUCCUCCCCCCCUCUUCCUCAUGCACCCCGUUUCUCUGUAUCUGAUGCCAAUGCACCCCACUUUCCCACCGUGGCUCUCCCAUCUUUGCGGUCUGUUUUUAUUUCAGUCCCUUUCCUUGGCACCUUCAUGGCCAGAUCAAGAAGGGCACAAUGGUAGGCUCCUCUGGAGGUAUGCUCCCUGCUUCUUUCCAAUGUUGAAGUAAACGUUGACGUGUUUGGCACCCCUAACACCUUGACCAUGGCAUUGCUUGGUGCUGAGGGAGGGUCUGGGGGGUCUUCAGGGGGCGUUGGCACCUCCUGCCCCCUCUGGACCGUGCUCUACGACUAUGAAGCCACAGGGGAAGAUGAGCUGAGCCUGCGCCGAGGAGAAGUGGUCGAAGUGCUCUCCAAAGAUGCAGCCGUCUCUGGAGACGACGGCUGGUGGGCUGGCAAAAUCCGCCACCGCCUUGGCAUCUUCCCGGCCAACUAUGUGACUUAUCAGCCCGGGCGCUACCAGCACCCCCAGUUUGGUUUGUUGGAGAAGUCUGGGCACCAAGCCCAAAGCCAAGCAAUGAGUGAUGGACAGCCUAUAGGUGGUGGAGACCAUGUGGCUUCUCUAGCUGAGAUUGACUUCCAGCAUCUGGAGCUGCAAGAGAUCAUUGGGGUUGGGGGCUUUGGAAAAGUGUACAGAGCCACAUGGAAAGGCCAGGAAGUGGCAGUGAAAGCAGCACGGCAAGACCCAGAUGAGGACAUCAUGGCCACUGCGGCAAGCGUGAGGCAGGAAGCAAAAUUGUUCUCCAUGUUGAGGCACCCUAACAUCAUUGAACUCCGUGGUGUAAGUCUGCAGGAGCCCAACCUCUGUCUGGUUAUGGAGUUUGCGAGGGGAGGACCCCUCAACAGGGUCUUGUCAGGUGCUUCGCCCACCAGUAGCGGGAGCCAUCGCGGUCGGCGCAUUCCUCCUCACAUACUGGUCAACUGGGCCGUCCAGAUCGCUCGCGGGAUGCUCUAUUUGCACCAAGAAGCCAUCGUUUCCAUCCUUCACAGAGAUCUCAAGUCAAGCAACAUUCUGUUGCUUGAGAAGAUCGAGAACGAUGACAUCGGUAACAAAACCUUGAAGAUUACAGACUUUGGCUUGGCUAGAGAGUGGCACAGAACAACUAAAAUGAGUGCAGCAGGAACGUAUGCAUGGAUGGCACCUGAAGUUAUCAAAUCAUCCAUGUUUUCUAAAGGAAGCGACAUCUGGAGUUAUGGCGUAUUGCUGUGGGAACUGCUUACAGGAGAAGUUCCUUACCGUGGCAUUGAUGGUCUUGCUGUGGCUUAUGGCGUUGCUGUCAAUAAGCUUACUUUGCCCAUUCCAUCUACCUGUCCUGAACCAUUUGCUAAACUAAUGAAAGACUGCUGGGCACAGGAUCCUCAUAUUCGACCUUCGUUCACCUUGAUUCUUGAACAGCUUACUGCCAUUGAAGGGGCUGUUAUGACUGAGAUGCCUCAGGAAUCUUUUCAUUCCAUGCAAGAAGACUGGAAACUGGAAAUCCAAGAGAUAUUUGAUGAGCUGCGGACCAAGGAAAAAGAGCUUAGGUCACGAGAAGAAGAGUUAACAAGAGCUGCUCUUCAUCAGAAGUCUCAGGAAGAAUUGCUGAAAAGACGCGAGCAGCAGCUAGCAGAACGAGAAAUUGAUGUGUUGGAGCGAGAACUCAAUAUUUUGAUAUUCCAGUUAAAUCAAGAUAAGCCCAAUGUGAAGAAAAGAAAGGGGAAGUUUAAAAAAAGCCGACUAAAACUUAAGGAUGGGCACAGAAUUAGUCUGCCUUCAGAUUUUCAACAUAAGAUAACAGUGCAAGCUUCCCCAAAUCUGGAUAAACGAAGAAGUUUAAACAGUAACAGUUCUAGUCCACCAAGUAGUCCUCCAAUAAUUCCCCGCCUUCGAGCUAUACAGUUGAUUUCCAAUACUGACUCCAAUACAGCUAAUGGGCAAAGAAACAGUAUAUAUGUGUACCAUCAAGAAGUAGAUAUAACAAGUGAAUAUGAACUUCCCAGUGGGGUUAAGAAAAAAGUGACUUCAGAUGAGAGCAACAGAACCUGGGGAAGGAGCACCGCUUGUCAUCAAGAAGAAUUUGAAGACGUGAAGCGAAGCUUUAAAAAGAAAGGUUGUACAUGGGGACCAAACUCAGUGCAAGCAAAAGAGCGCUCUGAUUGUAAAGAGAGAAUAAGACCACUCUCAGAUGGCAGCAGUCCUUGGUCAACGCUUUUGAUGAAGAAUCAGAAAGGUGACCCAUUAGCUUCUUUGUUUUUAGACCAAGAGCAGAGGCUCUCCUCCGAAGGUCUGGAUAUUAAGCGACCAAAACCAUUAAAAUUGCCAAACCAGGCCUACAUUGAUCUACCUCUAUGGAAGGAUGACCAGGGACUAAAUUGUGCAGAACAGGAGAGUACCGAAGAAGGGAAUUCAGCAAGUUCUGCGAGUAGCACUCCACAAAUGACUCCUACAAACAGCCUGAGUAGAACAUUACAGAAAAAGAAAACUGAUUCUGUGCUGUACGGAUGUACCGUCCUUCUUGCAUCCAUAGCUCUGGGGUUUGAUAUUAGGGAGUUGAAUAAAUGGCAGGUUUCAGAGGAAGCAUUGCCCAAGGAAGAAAAGAAAAAACGUGAUGGACUAUUUCAACGAGCUUCUAAGUUUCGCAGGAGUUCAAGCCCUGUGAGGCUGCAGUCUAAAAAAGAGGAGCCGCACAUCCCUUCACCGUGUCAGUGUGCAAAUACUGUGAAUCUUCUGUCUAUGCCUUCUGUUUCCACAAAGUGUCUUCUUCAUUCUGACAAUGAAGAUACAAUUGUGAGCACGCCACCGAGGCAUGGAGAUAUUCCCAGUAAAUGCCUUUCAUCAGAAAACCCUGAUAGCAAAAGAGAACAUGUGGCCAAAGCUGACCCUGCCACUGAUUCAAAUGUGCCAUCUCCAAGUCUUCCUUUGAAAAAAGAAACAGUGUGGGUAGAAAAUGUUAUGUCCUCAAAAGCAAGAGUUUGGAGUCACAGACGAACCAUGUCAGAUGGAAAUCCAUGCCACUCCACAACGAAUGGAAUUCCUAAUGGGACUACAGAUACUCUGCAUGCUCCAUCCCCCCAGCAAAGAAACUCUCAUGCAGAAAAGCAUGGACCUGUCAAUAUUAUACCAAGACCUCGACCUUCUUCUUUAAGAAGCAGAUUGGAUCCAUGGCAGGCUGUUUCACAGAAUGUGAAGCCAAGCCCUUUUGAGAUGGAUAAUUCAGAGGGCAAUAGAAGUUCAAAGACAAACUCACCAGCAGACACUGAAGAGAGAACUAAAUCCCAUAUGCCCACUUUACUUGACAUUGACGUAGAAGGUCAGAACAGUGACUCUACCGUGCCGUUAUGUAGAAUGAAGAGUAAAGCUAGUCGACCAUCAAUAUAUGAACUGGAGAGGGAAUUCUUGUCUUAAGUGCCUUGGAUUUUUAAUUCCAUUUUAAAGAGAAAUUCUUUUUGAAGAUUGUUGCUUGUGCAUAUGACAGCCUUUUUCUAAAUAUUUUUAUGGAUAGGGGUGAUAUUACACCAGCUAAAUAAAAUAUUAAAUAUAGAAAGGAUAUUCCAGGUGAAAGCCACUUUGGUAUUGGUGUUCAGUUACAGUAUUCAGGAAAAUAUUGAUAAAUUUCUCACAAUUUUAACUUCUUUCUCUUUUUACCAAAUGUCAAGUCCCCUUUCUGAAUUCCAGUUGAAGUUUUAGCUACAACUUUUUUCUAUAACCUGUUCAAUCAAGAAUAUACUUGAAGACCCAUGAAGACUAAUAAGUAAAAGCAUUUUUGUGAUAUAUGGCUUUCUCAAAACAUUAUUGCGAAUAUGUAUUGUUUCAUCUGUGAAACAGAAAUGCUGUUGACAUUUGGUAACCAUGCAGUCCUAUUUUAGAAUGCAGCUAUGCUAUAGUAAGAAUUAAUGUUAUCCUAAUUUCAGCAAAGCUAGCAUUUUACCCAAAGUAAAUAGCUACUUCUAAUCAAUUUUGUUCAGCAAGGCCCCUUCCACACAGUCCUAUAUCCCAGAAUAUCAAGGCAGAAAAUCCCACAAUAUCUGCCUUGAAUUGGGUUAUCUGAGUCCACACUCAGAUAAUGUGGGAUUUUCUGCCUUGAUAUUCUGAGAUAUAGGGCUGUGUGGAAGGGCCCCUAGAUGCACAUUUAGGGUCACAGUUCUCAACUGAAAAAUAUUUUCACUAGGCAAUCUUCAGAGACAAUGAUUUGAUUAAAAUAUGUAACAUCUUUCAAGUGAAUUCCUGUUAUAUAUGGGUAAAUAUAUACUCUGGUAUAUAUGUAUCCAUUACUCCAGUUUCCAUUUUAAAAAGGAGUAAUAUUAAUUUGAUCACAGUUUCAAAUUUCACGGGUCAGGUGUUGGGGAGAAAAUCAGGGAAGAGGCAUUUUUAAAUUAGAAAAAAAAUCUGUUGUUUUUAAUGUCUAAUAUAAGAAACAAUCUUGUUAGAAAAUAAGUUAUUGAAAAUGUUCAAAUCAGAUGUAUGCUUUACUGUGCCAACUCUUUAUAUGAAUUUGUUUUGUCAGUGCCUGGUCUUCAGAAAGAUAAAAACUUAUAAAUCUUCUCACUUUGUUUCAUUAAAUGUAGAUUUUUUUAAAAAAAAUAGUAGUCAUUACUCAUUGAUAAAGGCGCAUUUCAAAAGUUUGGCAUGAACAGUAUUUAUUUUUAAAUGAAUUCUUGAAGGUAUUUUGAGAUAUUGAGGCAUUAUGAAAUUCUAUGAUAAUAUUUUGCGUUCAAUUCCUCUAAAUUGGACCUUGUCCAGAAGUUAUUUAAAAAACCCAUUAGAUUUCCAUAUGAUAUAGAAAUAAAAAUGCUCACUAAAUAACAA